AUGGUAUUUGAUAAAAAUGUAAAUUUUGAUAAUGUUUCUUCUACUGUUGAGUAUUUUAAACAUAAAAAUCCAAAUUGUUUUAAUUUAAAUGAUACAACUGGUAUUUUGGGUGUACCUAUUAAUAUAGCAAUGAAAUCGGAAACUAUUCCCAUUUUUUGCAAAAGUAGACCAGUCCCUUAUGCUUUAAGAAAUCUUGUUGAUAAGGAGUUGGAUACUCUUAUUAACAAUGGUGUUUUGUACCCUGUUGGUCAUUCCAAAUGGGCAACACCAAUAGUUGCUGUUCCCAAACUUGAUGGAAAUGGUAGGGAAGCUGUUAGAAUUUGCGGGGAUUUUUCGCUUACUGUCAACAAGUUUUGUGAAACGCAAUUUUAUCCUCUACCAUCUCAGGAAGAAAUUAUAACUAGUAUGGGAAGUGGGAAAUAUUUUUCUAAAAUAGACUUAUCAAAAGCUUUCCAUCAGAUUCAAAUUAGCCCUGAAUCACAGGAAUUGUUAACAUUAAAUACCCCAAGAGGUUUACUCAGGUAUUCUAAACUUCCUUUUGGGAUCAAAUCAGCUUCUUUUCUUUUCCAACAAAAGAUGGAUGAAAUAUUGAAAGAUUUUUCGUAUACAAAUUGUUACAUAGAUGAUUUAUUUAUAAGGGCAAAUACAAAAGAAGAAUGUAUAAAAAGAACUGAAAUUGUUUUGGAUAGGCUAAAUUCUUACAAUGUUAAGAUAAAUCUUUCUAAAUGUGAAUUCUUUAAAGACAGUAUUCAAGUUCUAGGGCAUAAGAAAGAUUUCACUGGUGUACAUCCUUUAGAUGAAAAGUGUAAUGAUAUAUAUCAAGCUUCGGUGCCUACAAAUUGUACUGAACUGAAAAGCUAUCUUGGAUUAUUAGGCAAAACUUUGUUAAAAAAGCAUAAUAUCUUGGUUCAUUUUGAUAUGGCAAAACCAAUAGUUUUGCAAUGUGAUGCAUCAGACUAUGGCGUGGGGGCUGUCUUGUGUCAUGAAUUUCCUGGCGGUGAGCGUCGACCAAUUUUUUUCGCUUCCAAAACUUUGAGUAAAGCUGAAAGAAAUUAUGCUCAAGUGCAUAAAGAGGCUUUGGCCAUAAUUUUUGGUAUAAAAAAGUUUAAUAAAUUUUUACAAGGUCAAAAAUUCACCAUCGAGACAGACUCUACGCCAUUGUUAACAUUAUUUGGUCAUAAUAAACCUGUACCAACUAUGGUUAACGCGAGAAUGCAAAGAUGGGCCAUUAUCCUUUCAAAUUAUGAUUAUGUAAUAAGGCAUAAAAAGGGUACAGAGUUGUUGCUCGCUGAUGCACUAUCUCGAUUACCAUGUAAAGAUGAUGAACCAAUUGAUGAGUUCACACAUUUCAUAUGUUUCUUUUCUGAUUUUGAAAAUUUAAAGAUUGAUGAUAUUCAGAGAGCAACGUCUCUUGAUCCUUGUUUAUCAAAAGUGUUGAAUUACACUAAGUUUGGUUGGCCUACUGAUGUUGAAGAAAAUCUUAAUGAAUUCAAAAAGGUAAAGAAUGAAUUAAGUGUUGAAGGAAAUUGUUUACUUAGAGCAAAUAGGUUAGUUGUUCCAGAAAUAUGGCAUAAAAAAAUACUGGAGCUUCUUCACAAUGAACAUCCAGGUAUUUUUAGAAUGAAACAGUUGGCUAGAGCUUAUUUUUGGUUCCCAAAAAUUGAUCAGUUUAUUGAAAAUUUUGUAAAUAAAUGUAUACCUUGCCAACUCACAAGACCUUCAGCUCCAAAAGUAAAAUCAAAUUUUUUGCCUUUAACUGGCAAGCUUUUUGAAAGAAUACACAUAGACAUUGCGGAAUUUGAGGGUAAAAAUCUUUUAAUUGUUAAAGAUUCCUAUUCGAAAUGGAUCGACGUAUCUGUAGUAAAUAGCAUUGAUUCAAAGUCGACAAUAACUCAAUUACGAAAAUUAUUCGCUUGUUUUGGCUUACCAAGUGAUGUAGUAUCUGAUAAUGCUCAGCAAUUUAACUCUGACUUAAUUUUAAAGUUUUUUUAA